AUGGACGCGUCCUCAUCUCAUUUGCAGGCCAAAUCGGUUGGCGGGAAGCUCCGCAACAUGUUUACGUCCAAAUCCAAACUACUCUCUGCUCGCCCAGCCGUUUCCUUCCCCAGCCGCAUUCCCGUCCGCAAACGUGACAUCGACGAAGUCUCUCUGGAUGAGAAUGAAGGAUAUCUCACUUUUCCUCCUGCACGUGUCCGGCAGAGGUUGAACUCGGGCGCAUCUGUGGUCACGAUACGCCCGUCGACACCCAGGGCCCACACACCCACCCGCAAAUCGAGCUUCGAGAGCAUUCGGGCGAUCAGCCCAGAUGCGAAAGGCGCGAAACAUCUCCCCUCAGUCACACCACCCGCCAUCCGUGCUCGCAAUCUUCCUCCCACGAACGUCCUCCGAGAGACUACUUGCUAUAACAGCGUUCCAGCGGUUUGUGCGGAAGCGAGGACAAGCGUGACCUCCUUUCCCGUAAGGCUGGAUGCUGCUCCAUCCCCGGCGACGCAGUUUGUUUCGAAGACGGCUGGACUCACUAGUGCCGCUACGGCGACGCCAUCAACGAUCAGUAGUUCAACGCCGCUAGAAUACACAAAGCUACACGAGUCUAUGGAGAGGCGAAAUGAGCGUUUCGAUACGGAGCGGCAUUCUGUCGAGGACAAAGCCAUCGAAUCCAUUCGCGAGGACGUCCCCGAACGCAAGGUCACGGGUGAUGAUACCGACGAUGAAGUCGAGCAGUUGACGGAUAUCUCUACCAUGCCCACUAUCCCAGACGAGGAGGACCAGGAAUCUGAGCAGGAAAGAAUCGAAGUCUCGGUUAUUCCUGAAGUCAAACCCUACGACUGUAAAUCUCCUUCAGGUCGUUUCCAUAUUCAUAUCAAGCCACGGAACAACUGGAAUACGAUGUGGGACGUGCCAGACAAGAGCUUUUACGCAUGGCCUGCGAUGCUCUGUGUGGCUGACAACAAGCCAAACCAUGACCUAUUUCAUAGCCGUUGCCCAAUUCAAUGUUACGAGCUCAUGUUCUACUCCGUCGAUUUCGAGAAUUCGCACAUAGAGGACGCAGACGUCGCAUCGGAGCGCGCAGAUUACUUGGUGAAGUACACUGGCCAGACAUUGGCCCCCGUGCUGGUCCCCACGUUGAUAGACCCUUCUCGCGGGAUCUGCACCAGUCCCGUUUGGGUUCACAUGGAGCGACAGAAUGUUGGGGACUCACCGGGCGGCACAUGGCGGUUACGGUUUUGGGUACCUAUUCCUAUGGCGCUGUUCACUAGGCGCGAGAGCCGACAGUUCCGCCUGCGCGCGAGGGUUGGUCUUGGGGAUUAUGAUGUUCCGCGGGUCGUUGUCGACUCGGGCGUCGUGGAAGUUGGCAUCGAGCACUUACGGAAGGCCAGGAUCAUGCAGUGA